AUGGACUCUCGCAAGGAACAAGAAGCUGGCCGACAGCGCAUGAGAGAUCUAUUUGAGCAGAGAGAACUAGACCGUGGUAGUCUCAGACGCAAACAUAUAUUCAAGACUCCGGAAGAAGAGGCCAAGCAGGCAAAAAUGAGACUCACUCCCAACGCGCAAGCCAGAAGACAGCGAGAGCUGACGGCAACCCGUGGAGCAGCCCCUGUAUUCAAUGAGAAUAUCUGGAGCGGUGAGAGACGCGGACCUUCCCAUGGAGAAAUACGUUCAGUCAGUCCCCGAACUCGGGUGGAUGAAGAGGAGGAACGCGCUAUGGGCAAAGACAAGGGUGACGUGAAGAAGAGCUCUGUCAGCGACGGUCGGGCCAGGGGGUCGGGAUCAUCGUAUAACGGGAAAAUGAACGACAACAAAUUCCCUAAAUCUGCCCCGGUCGCCAAAAAGAAGUCUUCUUGA